UGCAUUGCAUCGGACCCGAGAGCAUUAUUACAGGAUGAAGGAAGGAAGCAAAAAUAGACUUGACACACAAGUAUUGCAGAAAGUUUCUAAAGUGGGAAUUUGAAUUCUCCGCAGCCGACGCUGGGUGUGCUGCGGGGCUGUUACCCGAUCCCCUCCCUGCGCCCCGGAGCGCUGGGGACCCUCCGCGGGGCUCCUCCCCGCCUGCCUUCCCAGCAGGAGAGACAGCCAGAGGGAAGGAGAAACCCCCGGGAAGCGAGCUAGUGAGCAAAGAAAGGCUCAGAAAAUGGAGCUGCAGUAAUUUGCUGGCAGGACUGGAGGAAUCACUCCUUAGUUUUGAUGGGGAGACUUCACCAGUGACGUCUCUAUGUUCAUUUGCCGGCCUCCAAGAGUUAACACGGCCCAGCAGUGGCAAUAGCUGCUUUUUGGUGUACGCUGCCAUUUAGUUGGAGAAACCCCAACACAACAAAACAAGAAACAAACAAAACCCAACCCAAAUAAACACCCCCCCCCCCAACAUACAAACCCCAACAACCCUGCUGAAGACUUGUGUCAAAUGACGUCAAUGGCCAGUUUGUUCUCCUUUACUAGCCCAGCUGUAAAGCGUCUGUUGGGCUGGAAACAAGGAGAUGAAGAGGAAAAAUGGGCGGAAAAAGCUGUGGAUGCUUUGGUUAAAAAACUGAAAAAGAAAAAGGGUGCUAUGGAAGAACUGGAGAAAGCCUUGAGCAGCCCAGGCCAGCCCAGCAAGUGUGUGACUAUCCCUCGGUCUUUGGAUGGCCGACUGCAGGUUUCUCACAGGAAGGGCCUUCCCCACGUCAUUUACUGCCGGGUCUGGCGCUGGCCCGAUCUGCAAAGCCAUCACGAGCUGAAGCCAUUGGAUAUUUGUGAAUUUCCUUUUGGAUCUAAACAGAAGGAAGUCUGCAUCAAUCCAUACCACUACAAGAGGGUGGAGAGCCCAGUUCUACCUCCAGUGUUAGUGCCCAGACAUAGUGAAUUCAACCCCCAGCACAGCCUGCUGGUUCAGUUCCGCAACCUCAGCCACAACGAGCCGCACAUGCCGCACAACGCCACCUUUCCAGACUCCUUCCAGCAGCCCAACAGCACUCCCUUCUCCAUUUCACCCAACAGCCCCUACCCACCAUCCCCAGCCAGCAGCACUUACCCGAGCUCCCCAGCCAGCUCUGGCCCAUCCAGUCCAUUUCAGCUACCGGCUGAUACUCCACCUCCUGCAUACAUGCCCCCUGAUGACCAGAUGGGGCAGGAUAAUUCACAGUCAAUGGACACAAGCAAUACAAUGAUCCCUCAAAUCAUGCCAAAUAUAUCCACCAGAGAUGUUCAACCUGUUGCCUACGAAGAGCCCAAGCACUGGUGUUCCAUUGUGUAUUAUGAGUUAAACAAUCGUGUUGGGGAGGCUUUUCAUGCAUCUUCCACAAGUGUCUUAGUGGAUGGAUUUACAGACCCCUCCAACAACAAGAACAGGUUCUGCUUGGGGUUGCUGUCCAACGUGAACCGCAACUCGACCAUCGAGAACACGAGGCGGCACAUCGGGAAAGGAGUUCAUCUCUACUACGUUGGUGGGGAAGUCUAUGCUGAGUGUUUAAGUGAUAGCAGCAUCUUUGUACAGAGCAGGAACUGCAACUACCACCACGGCUUUCAUCCCACAACUGUAUGCAAGAUUCCUAGUGGAUGCAGUCUGAAAAUCUUCAACAAUCAGGAGUUUGCUCAGCUCUUAGCCCAGUCUGUCAACCAUGGAUUUGAAGCAGUGUAUGAGCUCACCAAAAUGUGCACCAUCCGAAUGAGCUUCGUCAAGGGCUGGGGAGCUGAGUAUCACCGGCAGGAUGUCACAAGCACCCCGUGCUGGAUAGAAAUCCACCUUCAUGGGCCCCUUCAGUGGCUGGAUAAAGUACUCACACAAAUGGGUUCUCCUCUGAAUCCCAUCUCCUCUGUUUCCUAGUGCUGAAAUGCAACCUCCAGCCUUGUUUUUAGCGAACUGGUUCUAAUUCUAGAGCAAACUUCCAGUGUGGAUAUACUGUGAGCUGUACGGAGAAUGGAUCUUACAGUGUAACUCUUUGGUUUUUAAAUCCCUUUGUGACCAAUGCCAUUGUGUAUAGCUAAUCAGUUUUUACAUUUCAAUUUGUUCUUGUGAUGCUUAAGUGACAGUUGAGCCCUGAGGGAGAAAAAGUCUAUUGAAAAGUUCAGAACAUUGGUUUUUUCCCCCCCUCCUUCCCCUAGAACUUCAACAGGCAUAUGUCUUAACUGGAACAUGGCUUCUCUUUUUUCUGUCCUGUAGGGACAAGAAUGAUGAAGACUGGCUUCAGAAAAUAAAUACAUAUCAUAGUUUGGGUGGGUUGGGGUUUUUUAAUUAUUAUUGUGAUGGUUUUGAGACUGUUGGAAGCUGAGCAGCUCCAGCUUGCAGGCUCUAUUCUUAGCAUAGCUGUUGAACAUCUUAAGGUUGACGUCUGUCGUGAGCAAAAUUAGGCUUUAUGAAGGCUGAUGUGCCUCAGAUUGAACAAUGUGAUUUUUAUUACUGUUUCUUUUUUGUUGUUGUUGUUGAAAUGUACACAUGAAAUAUACUUUUUACAGCUAUUGGAGUGGUGUAAGAAAACAAAGCAAACACUUGUAUUGUCUGCUGGCAAACGCUGUCCUAAACACACUGUAUGCUAAUGCAGAAUAGCAGUUGUUAGCCUUUUCCCACUUCAGUUUUGUAUUCUCUCUCUCACCCACCCUUGUACUGAUCCCAGGUAAACAUCUUGCACGUGUCUGGAGUAGUAAUCCCUGGUUUGCUUUCCAUUUCCACCCCUGCCCUUUGGAUUUGGUUGCCAAGGCUCGCUCUGUUUAGGUACCCUUCUUUCUUUUAACAUGAACACUACUAUUUGUAAAUGGCAGUGCUUACUACUUUUUGGAAGGAAUAAGUUGUUUCUGUUGUUGUUUCCUUGGUGUUUUGUUUUGGUUUGGGUUUUUUUUGUGGUGUUCUAGCUGUUUAUUAUUUUACCUGUCUGGAACUGAUCUGCCUUAGCCCCUUCCCCCCGCCCCCCUUAAUCUCUCAGUAGCCAUUAUGCAGUAUUAGUGAUCACAACACUCUACUUUCAUUCACUUUCAGGAUGAGUUUUGAAGGCUGUUGAGUGGCUUAGCAAAUUAGGAACUGAAUGCAGAAGCUUUUAGUUCCAGAUCAUGUAAUUUAACACAGACCUGUUGGCAAUGACCAAAAGUAAUCACUUUGUAGUCUGGGUGAGACAGUGGUCUUGAGCCUGUCCCUGAGGGCAGGGGCUCAGUCAGAAGACUCAGUGGUUGGCAGCUUUGUGGGAUGGAAGGACUGCAUUAAUGUGAUGGUGAAAUUCCUCUCUCACACCUAAAGAAUCCUGUUGCCUGUGCUGUUGUAUUAGUCAGUAGAGAAUUUAAACACUAAAGGAAACCAGUUCAAUAGCCUAUGCAUAUUUUCCCCCCCUUAAACAAUAAAAAAGGAGGCUGAAAAGUAUUCCAGGUGAAUUAUAUACAAAACUUCUUUGCAUGCAGAAAAGGACCUGUUGUGUAUUUCCACUUCUCACCCUCCUUUUCCUCUUUCCUGAACCUCUCUCCAGAGAAGGGCUCAGUGUUUGAGGGAGAGGCUGAAGACUCUGGAAUGCAAAUACUUAACUCGAAGAUGCCUUGCAGUUAAUGGCUGCAGUCCUGAGACACUGAUUGCUUUACACAAGUUCUUGUGUCCUCUGUGGAACGACAGUCUCUGCUCCAGUGUGGCAAUCCUGCAUCAUAUGGUACCUGAGUAGCAAAUGAUCUUAAAGGAAUAAAACUGUUUACGUGUCAUUGAAAUGUUUCUUAUGCAAUGCCUUAAAGGAAUAAACUGUAACACUUCUGCAGAACCCUCCCUCAUGUGCUCUUGUACAGGAGUUGCUGGGUGCCUGGGGCCUUGGUUUUAUCUGUUUGUUUGUCUGUUUGAAGCAAUUUCUCAAGUGUGUUUUAAAUCAACCAAGAGCA